AUGACAUCGGAUAAUGACCAAUUUAUUGAGAACAUUAUUGAGGAACAUAAUUCGAGACGACAUAAGGUGAGUUCAUUGUUUCUAGUGGAACAGAUAGAAGAUAAAUGAGCCAUUUUCCAGCACAACGCUGCUGAUUUAACUCAUUCGGAUGAGCUCACAAAACUUGCACAAACUUGGGCAAAUAAGUUGGCUAGACAGGUAACAGAUUUUGUUUGGUUGGUUUGAGAUUGUUGUUUUUUCUAGGCAUACAUUUCGUAUAGCGAAAUAAGUGGUGUUGGUGAAAAUAUCACAUUUUUUCCACCGGAUAUUGAGCCAGAUGCAGGUGAGAUGUUUUUCUAUGAGCAAUUUUUUCCUGGAGCCACGAUGAUCAUGAGUAAUUCUUGAUCUUUUAAUCUGAAUUUUUGAAUAAUCUCAAAUCAGACGGAAAUUGGUUCUAUCUUGUAUGAAAUCUUUGUUGGAAUUUUAAAAGGUUGAACUUGAACUUAUUUUCUUUGUGAAGAGUUUGAAUUUGCGAUUUCUUACAUCAGCUCAAAAACAAGGCACCCUAUAGAGAUUUUCUAAAAAAAAAACCUGAUCCCGAUACGACAUCAGAACUGUUCAUCUUGAUUUUUACGUCGGCUUAAUUUUCAGCAUAAGUAUUUUCAGACAAUUUCAUUCAAUGUUAUUCUAGAUAUCUACAACACCGUUCCUAGUUAGCUCAACUUUAUUUCUGCACACUCUAAAUUUUUCUCUUCAAAAACCUGUUCCAUGUCUAGAAAAAAAGUUGAGGCUUGAAUUUCUCCUGAUUAAAUUAGCUCUCUUCUUCUUCCAGUGAACGCACAAUACUUUUUUUUCUUCAAAAUCAACUGAACUUUUUUGCUCCUCAAUACAUACAUAUAAAUUCAAUUUCCAACAAGAAAUGGGUGACACAAAGUACAAAUUUUCAGUUGUUGAACAUUGGUAUUCUGAACACGAAAAAUAUGAAUAUGAGACACCAGGAUGGCAAACUGGAACAAAUUAUUUCACACAAGUUGUUUGGAGAGCCACAAAAGAGGUAGUAGGGAAGGGUCAUAGAUUAUUAUUAUGAGUGAAAUUGAGAAAAAUCCGUUUUUUCUUGAGAUUGGAAUCGGAUAUGCCAUCGUCAAAAAACCGGAUGAGGAUAAUAUUUCAUGUGGUAGUAUUACCAAGUCAAUGACUUCAUUAAGGUGAGAGAUACAACUACAGGGAGGGGUUGUUUUUAAAAAUCAAAACACAAAGUUUGAACUACAUAGAAAUUCGAGUGGGUUUGGGGAUGAUGAAAUUUCAGAAACGUGGAAAAACAUAUGUUUGUUUUUGAUACUUUUAAUUUUUCUCUAGGAGCUCGGAAAAUCGUUUACAUUUUUCAAAAAAAAAAAGUAUAAUGAGAUUAAUUUUUUGAAUAUCGAAAAACAUUGUUGUAAAACAAACAUUUUGGUAUAAUUUUAGGAAGGUUCUAUAAGUUGUUCGAGAAAAAAACAACAGUAGAUAUGCGAGCUUGAAAAUUAAUGUUUUUUUGGCUUCUGGAAUCAAUAAAAGUCCCUCACAAUAUUUGUUAUCUAAAAUUUAAAAUAUUUUUCUGAUACACAAGUUCUUUUUUUCACAAGCCCCUUUGAAAAUUAGUUCAAUUCCACUUCAUUUUUCCCUGACUCUCCAAAAAUUUAUAAACAAACAAAUGUCUUUUUUCUCUUUUCAUCUCCCUUUUCUUCACUCUCUCAUCCUUUCACCACAGGGACAGCAAAAGCUAAACAUUAAAAUGCGCUCCACUUGAAUACAUUGUCUCUGCGUCUCUCAUGCAGUUCUCUUGCAAUAACAUUUUCGGGAUGAAAUAAAUCAAAACAGCCUUUAGAACUUGUUCUGUUUCACAGUUUGUCUUUGAAACGAUGACAAAAGCGGAACUAGAUUGGAAAAUUGAGAAAAUAUAACAUUUUUAUAGCAGUAGCAAUGGAAAACUGGCAGCCGAAGGCGACAAAAUCAUUGUUGCAUUUUAUCGUCCAGCUGGAAACAACAAUCGAGCUGGACAAUUUGCGAUAAAUGUUCAAAAACCAUAA